AAAACAUACGGAACCGAAACUGUUGACGGCGGCGACCAGAACUGAGACGGGAUGGCCUGAAGGAGUCCUACGAGAGCCUCAUCAACAGAAGAAACUAGAGAGGGAGAAGCCAUGGCCUGUGCCCGAGUGCCACUGGAUGAGCAGCAGGUGACGGAGCCGGGCCCGCUGGGCAAAGAGCAAACACUGCCUGCUCUGCACCCGGACAGGAAGGAGGAGCGUUGUUUUGUGCCUUACAAAUCCCCACCAGAAGAUGGCUCUCCCGCUGAGGCGGAGGAGUUUCUGGAACAUGCCAAAUUCAUCACGGAGGACCUGGAGUGGCUGCUUGCACUGCCCCACGACAAGUUCUGGUGUCAGGUGGUGUUUGAUGAGUCUCUGCAGAAGUGCCUAGACUCGUACCUGCACCACGCUCCUCGCGGCCUCGACCUCGCCACCCUGCCCUCCUCCCCGGCGGUGGUCGACAUGCAGCGCUCCGUCCACAGGGCCGUCUUCUUGACCUUCCUCCGGAUGGCCACACACAAAGAGUCCAAGGAGAACUUCCUCAACCCGGCUGUGUUUGGAGAAAUCAUCUAUGAGAACUUCCUGUUUGACAUUCCCAAAAUCCUGGAUCUCUGUGUGCUCUUUGGAAAGGGCAACAGCCAGCUGCUGCACAAGAUGAUAGAGAACAUCUUUACCCAGCAGCCGUCUUACUACGUCGACUUGGAUGAGACGGUUCCCACUGUGUUACAGGUGUUCGACACCAUCCUGGAAAAGUGUGGUCUCUACUGUGAGGGAGCCACCGCCAUGGAGCCGCUGAAGCUGAACGCACACAAACAGCCCACUGCCAUGACCAUGAGCCAGCAGGAUCUUGUAGAUCUUAUUCUGUACCUGUGCGACUCCACCACCACCAUCCAUGCCUUCCUGGACAUCUACCCUGUCGCCUGCUCCAGCUUCCACUCCCAUGGUUUCCUCAGCAGACUGACCUCGUUUUAUGAGACCGCUGUGCCUGACCUCGAGAAGGCGGUGAGGAAGAGAAACUUUGACGAUAAAGGUCUUCAGGAGGACUUGUGGAAGAGGUUGUCCCACUCCUGUCGUAAGAUCGUGGAGAUGGCUCACCUGCUGCUGCACCACACCUGCCUACAGCCGAUCCUGGAGGGGGGAGAAAACAUACAUACUUUUGCAGAGGAGCUCCUACAACAUUUUACGGCUUUUUUACCCGAGAAAAGGUUCUUGUCAGACUAUGAUGAGCAGUUCCCCAUCGCAGACGACAUCAGCCUCCUGCAGCAGGCUCUACCUGUCAUUGAUGAGACCAGGACGUCCUACCUGCUCCAGGGAGUGGCGAGCGCCUGGGACAGUGUGGGCCGACGGAGACCACACAGCCAGAUUCAGCAUCAGGGAGCAGCGGGUGGUGCUGCUGCUGCCUCCUCCGCCUCCUCAUCUGGCUUUAAACCUCAGGACGCUCGUGAGCCAGAAGGAGGAGAGAGUCUGAGGGGAGCAGAGGCCAUGUUGGAUGGUGCUGGCUGUGCGGUGAGCGAGGCGGAGCUGGAGUCUCUGCUGACGUGUAUCAAGGACCUGCUGCCUGAUUUGGGAGAAGGCUUCCUGCUGGCAUGCCUGCAUCAGUACAGCUACAACUCUGAGCUGGUCAUCAACAACAUCCUGGAGGACCGGCUGGCCCCCAACCUGGACCAAAUGGACCGGGCCAUGCCAAGGCCGGUGAAGGAGGAGCUUCCAGAAGUUCUGAACGUCAGAUCCAACGUGUUUGACGACGACGAGUUUGACGUUUUCCGCAGAGACCAGGUGGACAUGUCUCGAAUCUGGAAGGGCAGGAGGAAAGGUGAGGGCGCUCGAGAGAUGCUGAACGACAAGCAGCACAUAGCGGAGCAGAAAGCUCGAUACCAGGCCUACGAGACGGUGGUGGACGAGGUGGUCAUUGAACCCGGUGAUCGGGCAGAAGGCCUCGGCCUGGACGACGACUACGACGACGAGUACGACGACACGUACGACAUGAGCCAAGUGGGAGCCAACGACCUGGAUGGAGACAGUUUACUGAGCAGGAGGCCUUUCACGGUUCCACAGAUACUGAGAAAAGGAAACAAACCCGAAUUGGAGGAGGAGGGUGAAGAUGAAGAGGAGGAAGAGAUGCUACAGAACAAUGUGAACAGGGACCAGUUUGUUCAGGACCCGGCUCUGCUGAGAGAGAGAGCUGAGGCUAGAAGAGCUUCCAUGCAUCAAAGGAAAGGCUUCCGCCCGGAGCCGCGUCCCAGUAACGUGGUGGGUCAGCCCAAAGGCCAAGGACAAAACCUGGACACAUUCCUGGACCGACGCAAGAAGGAGGCCAACAAGAGCCGCGGGGCGAACCACAACCGCCGCAACAUGUCCGACCGCAAGAGGAACAAAGGCAUGAUCCCCUCGUGACCGGCGUGACGGCCCGCUGCUCCAAAACAAAAAACAGACGGAUGGCGUGAAGUCGGCUGAGGAGUGAGUCAGUGAAGGGACAGAACUGGGACUCUGGUUUGAAUUCGAUGUCCGUAUUUGUCCCCCCGCGUCACCGUCUUUGCUCGAAGGAAAAGGCACAGAAGGUUUUGAGUUGUUGGUGAAACUUUGCUUUAGUUGACAGACUUGAAGGUCGGGCUUUUGACAUCGGAUGUAACAAAGCAUCUUGCCAUUUUUUGAGACUCUAAAACAUCUGCUUUUAGUGAUCGAGCCUAGAGGACGUUAAGAUUUUUCUUUUUAUAGCUCAUUAAAAAAACAAAACAAAGUCCUGAGAGUGAGGACAAAGAAUAAGAUAUUUUAUUUUUUGCCAAGUAACAAAUCAGUUUAUUGACAUCAUCAUCAAAUAGACAACAUAGGAAUAAAAAGGAAGCAGGGUUUUUGGCAGAGACUGUUGGUUCCUUCUGUAGCUGGAAGAACAACUAUCUGACCCGGUGAUCAAGCCUGGACAUCGUCAGUCUUUUCUCUCUCUACUCAUCCUGAAUGAGUAGCUCGUGUGAAAGCCGCCGCCUGCAUGUAACGUUCAAGUGCAAUGCGCCGUCAUCCACCGCUGUCGUCCAGUCAAAUCAAACUCCCAACGACGCUGCUGUGUUUGGAAGCUCGUGCUGAACGGAGGCGCCUCACGACCUCCGACAUGUUGCCAUGCACAGACUAUUUUCUAUGAAGAGAACAGAUCUAUCAGAGCAUUUUGUAACAAACCCAAAAAAAACAAAA